GUGAUGACGUCGUGGAUUCCACGUUGGCCCGGACGUGGCAGUCGUGGUGAAUCAGAUUUGCCGGAACAGAGAGAAACCUCCAUCACUGCGUCUCUUCUGCCGAAGCGAACUCACCAGUGUUUCCCCCGCAAACACUCACCUGUCCCCGGUCAAUCAUGGGCCUAUCGUUGUCCUCCCUCUUCGAGCGUCUCUUCGGUAAAAAGCAGAUGCGGAUCCUGAUGGUCGGGCUGGAUGCUGCAGGAAAAACAACUAUCUUGUACAAACUGAAGCUCGGUGAAAUUGUGACCACCAUCCCAACCAUUGGUUUCAAUGUGGAGACAGUAGAAUAUAAAAAUGUUAGUUUCACUGUGUGGGACGUCGGUGGACAGGAUAAGAUCAGACCUCUCUGGAGACACUACUUCCAGAACACACAGGGCCUCAUCUUUGUAGUGGACAGUAACGACAGAGAUCGAGUGGAAGAGUCUGCAGAAGAACUCUCAAAGAUGUUGCAGGAGGACGAGUUGAAAGAUGCAGUUUUGCUGGUGUUUGCUAACAAACAGGACCUCCCCAACGCCCUUUCAGUCACCGAACUCACAGACAGACUUCGCCUGCAGUCUCUCCGUAACAAAACUUGGCACAUUCAGUCCACCUGCGCCACCCAGGGCACUGGGAUGUAUGAAGGCAUUGACUGGCUAUCCAUCCAACUUUCCAAGAACUAAUGAAGGACCGGCUGGACAGAGAGAUUGAGCACCACAGGACAGGAGAGAGGAGGCACAGACAUUCAAUCCAGAAACAUUGGGUCUUCCAGCACCAAUGUUCAAAGAGGGACAAGGCUGGUGGACAAUAUGAUCAUCUUUGAGAAAUUUUACUAUUACUUGUUUCUUAUUUUGUUAUCAGUACUAUUAACAUAUUAUUGUUUGACUCUGUACUUUUCUCCAAUUGUUCCCAAACUUACAUGACAACAAGUUUUAAUCCAGUGACACAUUGACAAAUGACUGAAUAGGGAAAUUAAUCAGAAACAAUUAAUAGCAAGUGGCUUUUCCAAUCGACACUAUGGCUUCUGUCUAGGCAGCCUUUGCAGUUAUCAACCACUUGCAUUAUUAUUGGACUUAUGCUCAUUUUUGAGCCUUAGUUGGGGGGGGGGUUACAAGAUAUCCUUAAAGUUUUGGGGACGGACAUCUUUUAAGCUGCCGCAGGUCUUUGAUAUCUCAUGCCAACUCAUUUAUCGUCAGGCCUGAAUGAGACUUGCAGGAUUGCAGUGACUUCACAGAUAGAUUUUGAUGUGGAACCACGUGGCCUCUCUGUAAAUGUAUCCAAAAACGGAACAUUGUGCCUUCUGGUCCCUCUACACAAAUCUGUGCUCCCUCCUAAAAUGCCUUUGUGACUUUUUUAGCUUUUGAAAGACAAAAUAAUGCAACAGCAUACUUCCACUUAUGCUACGGUUCAUGGUGGAAUGGGUCGGUUGUAGAUUACUUCAUCACAACUUGACUUUACCAUUUACCAGAUUUUGAUCAUGUCUGAUCAUUUGUGAAUUUGUCUACUCCUUCCUUUUUAACAACCACAAUGAAAAAUCAUCUAAUAAAAAUUUCAGUUCCUCUAUUGUCUCUAAAAGUGAAUCUUAUUUAACCUUAAAAGAGGAAGGAAGCAUCUUAUCAGUGUUGACAUGAGGCCAAUGUCAGUGGCAUGUUCUUUUGUGUUCCUUUGUUUUGGCAGUGCAUAGUGCUGAGUUUGUUGUACUGGUUUUUGGUAAGUGCCGUAUUAUAUUCUUCAUCUUUUGAAACACACUUACCUGCCCAUCAUGUAUUCGGGUCAUACAUUCCAACCUAUGAUUGCAGAUUCUGGAGCUGCUGUUGUUGAAAAUUAUUUGCUAAAAAUAUUUUACACAAAAGCUCUGAAUAAAGCCAGUUUGAAAAUA